CGUUUUUUGCGUUCCUGUGGCCUCUUUUUCUAAAUUCUUUUUAAUUCGGCAACCUACAUUCUAAAUUUGAUAUCAUUAUUAAUAAUUCUAAAUCCAAGACCAAGUAGAGCAUUUAAUUUCUUUCUUCUCAGCGUUAUGUCUUCCCCAGAUGGGGAAGACAUUCAACGCCCUAAUCCUAGAUUAGAGGCUGAACGUAGGCCCGAACAGCAUCCUUCAGCUGUCGGGUCAAAUGCCGUCUCCGUGGAGCUGGCCCCAUCACGUCACAAUAGAAACAACUCCCCUCCACCUAAUCCUUCAAUAAACCAUCCACCUCCCUCAGCCAACACUCCUCCUCCUGCUAGCCCACCUCCUUCAGUUAAUCCCAAUCCUCCAGUCAACCAACCUGGUCCUUCUAACCGUACUCCUCAAGUCAACCGACCUGGUCCUUCCAACCGCCCUCCUCCAGCCAACCGUCCUUCUCCAGCCAACCGUCCUUCUCCAGCCAAACGUCCUCGAGUCAACCGUCCUCUUCCAGUCAACCGUCCUUCUCCAGCCAACCGUCCUUCUCCAGCCAAACGUCCUCGAGUCAACCGUCCUCUUCCAGACAACCGUCCUCCUCCAGACAACCGUCCUCCUCCAGACAACCGUCCUCCUCCAGCCAAUCUUGCACCUGCAGUCAACCAACCAGACACUGUUCCACGUCCUCCUGAUGAUGACCAACGCGCCCUACAACUCCAGCGUCGUGUCGAACAAGUUGUUGACCGCAUUGUUGAUAACGAACGUGAGCCUAACAAUCCCAAUAAUAUAAUUAAUGCCAUAUCAUCAUUUAUGGAUCAUUCCUCUUUCCUUAAUACCAGUGAGCUCAACCAGUCACGAACCCGAAGCCGCUCCAUUCGGCCUCCCCGUAGGUACUGUGCAAAUUUAGACACCUCUGACUCAGGUUUAAAUGAUUCUGAGUACAAUGUCCGUCCUGAGUCCAAUGCGACACGCCCUCGUAAAGGUUGUAAGACCAAUUCUAAGAAGGGCAAAAAGCCCACCAAAAAGACCACCAUUAAGAUUCGUAGGGAUUUAUCUUCGGGAUUGAAAGAUACCGAGAUGAAUGUUGUAAACAUCGGAGGGGUAGAGUGCGAAUUCCCAGCGAAAGUUAGGCGCAGCUCUAGGUUUUCAGUUCGUUUAUCAUUUCGCAAAGAAUGGCCGGUUCCGCAAACUAUUCGUCAAGAUUUUGUUAAUAUGUUUAGUGGUCAGUUCAAACUAGUGGAGUAUGUUGUUGGUUUUGAAAGAAACAUGAAUAAUGACAGCAAGAGCUUGUGCCACAUACAGUCAUAUGUUCGUACAGCCACUAAUGUAGGAAUGGCUCCACUUCGUGAACAUAUAUUGGAGGGUAUUAAGGGAAAGAUGAAUGUAGGAUCACUAAAUAUCCAAUGUGUAGAGGUUAGGGAGGCCAUCAUGAGAUAUUGUAGUAAAGAGGACUAUACCUGCCUAUUUACUUGCAAAGUGUCCGAACUUGGUGAUUACUCAAAAUCAUUUAUUGAAAUGUCUCGUAUGUCAUCGCUAAGUUUACUAUCAUCCAUGGCAUUUCAUUCCAAACACUCCCUUAAGUACUAUCUGGAGUCUUUUGAUGAGCUUCGUAAAAGGUGUUUGCCUGAGUUUGGUGGCUACAAGCUGUCCCAAUUGGUUGGUAAUAGUAACGACUUCUUCAUGAGUGAUCUGUGCGAUUUAACCCACAAGUUGAUAAUAUUCGAUGAAUUUACACCCGAGUUUCAUAAGAAGAACUUUAUGUUCCUUAAUCCUCUGCUCAGUGGGGACAAGUGCAGUGUAGAUCAGAAGUGUCGAGGCUAUGCUGUUGACAUUGUUUGGAAGAAACCUAUCAUAAUCUUGUCCAACCAUCCACUUAGUGAUUUCAAUGACACCUUUAAAACACGAGUGCAUGAGGUUGUUGCAGACAUUCCAAUCAAAGAUCUAGUAGAAGAAUAUGUUCAACAGUCUGGUAUUGCACAAUCGUUUCCUUCCUCUGUACAUGAUGUCAGGCCUAUCAAACUUUUUGACUAUAACUACCAACAAUAUCUCUUUGAUUAUGGUAGGCAAGUUAAAGAAGACGCCCGUGUUGAUGCUAACAAUGGCCUGUUGAGUGCUUAUGACUCUGGUCUUGAUGUAUCAUUGUCUAAUCCCACAUUGAAUAACUCAUCAUUAAGCCAAAGAUCUGUUGUAAAUGUAGUUAAUGUUGUUAAUGAUCAACAAGAUGAAGGUAUAAGUUCAGGUGCCAGAGUCAACUUCCUAGCUGAUUAUCUUGCAACCCAUCCUCUGGUGCAAGCAUUUGCAGUCAGUCGUCGUACCCAAUAUCUGCAUGGGAAAUACCUGAUAAAUGCACCCAAAGGCUCUCGUUUGUUAGGUGGGGCGUUAGCACUGUCUGCAAGGUCUGUAUGGCCUCUGUAUGAACUCAUAUCUAGCAAGGACCUUCCUCAGGUUGACUGGGGACAGAUUGACUUAUUAUACAUAACCUACGAAGCAGCUUAUCAACUACUACGUCAGAAUCUUAACUUCAGAUUUCACACCUUAAACGCCUCUGGGCAUACUAUCGAGUGGUUAUGGAGGUUCAAUCUACCUGUACUUCUCCCAAUGCCGUGUCCAAACCGAAGUGAUCCUCCUACAGUUGUAAUCACACAAUACCCUCAUGAACAUCAGUUACAGACCUUUCAAACCCAAGAUCUAAUUGAAGACUCUGAUGACGAGUACAUUGAUUUGGACACGGAGGAUGUAUUCCUUGAGGAACCUGUGCGUGAACCCCCUCCGCCUGUUUUGGCACCAAUUGCUGUAAGGCAACCUAGGCAACCGUUGCGUCCAAACUCAUGUGAAGCCGAAAGGCUUGUGCAGCCUAACCCUGAACAUGCUGAAAGGCAACAAAUUCCACCUAACCCUCAUCAUGCUGAAAGGCAACAAAUUCCACCUAACCCUCAUCAUGCUGAAAGGCAAAACCCCAAUAUAUCAGGAAUAUCUAAUCUUCCCUCCACAUCAUCAUCAAUAUCCGAUGGAACCCCCCCUACAUGGCAAAUUCCCCUAUUUACGUCAAUUCAAUCCAUUGGAGAAGCUGCCAACCUUCAACAACUAUCGGAAUCAUCUAGGAGGCUGGUUUGUGCGUCGGCCAGCUCUCUCUCUCUACGCCUGUAUAGGCAUAACAUGGACCCGGACUCGUUUGCUCGUGAGGUCGUCGGGUUUGCGGAGGACAUCUCCCGCAUAUUAGCAAGUGACCAUCCUCGUGUACUGCAGUUCACCUCCGGAAGUUUAAGCGAUCAACAAUCUUCUUACGAGAGUCAUAGGAACUUGCUGUUGUGCAGCGAAUUUGGGUCGGAUCUCUCAUUGGUAUCGUCUGAACAAGCCCUUGAAGCAAGAUUGCCAUCUAGUCCAGUGCCUUACCCGUCCGUUUUGCCUCCAGCUGAGUCGGCUUGUCAGUUGUCCCCACCGUUUCGGCCGAUGUCUUCUUCUUCACUCCGUCAUAUGUCUGUGGCCCCAGCUUCCGAUUCAUCGGCUCCAGUAGCUCCUGUUCCAACGGUUGAUCAACCCUUACCGUCUUCUUCAGCAGUAGUGUCCUGCCCAUUGUCUCCUGGAGAACCGCUCCGUCCGAUGGCGCCUUUAUCCACCCGACCUAUGAAUCCAAUGGCAGUGUCCCCUUCGGUGGCUACAUCGUCUGACCUCCCUUCAAAGGUUCCAUCAGCAGUAAUCGCUUCCGAGUUGCCAGCAGCACCGUCCACUUGUGUGGCUCCAGAUGCCGUGUCCCCUUCGUUGCCUCCAUCGUCAGAGUUAUCUGUGGUUGCCCCAGUUUCAUCGGUGCCCCCUUCAACAGUAACUCCUUCUGUUGUUCCGUCCUCUGAAUCUUCCCCUGAAAGGGGGCUUUGUACUGGUGUGUCAACGCCCAUCUCCUCGUCAACCGCUGUUCCAGAUUCUCCUAGUUCUUGCCAUACUACAAGUCCCCACUCAUCUGAAAGCGCCGUCCAAUCUUCCUUAUCAGAUGUGUCGCAACCUACACCAUCGCCUGAUCCAACUGCUGCAUUGUCAUUGUCCCCACGCCAUCUAUUGACAAAUGAACCUAUAGAUGAUCAUCUUCAACGUUUGAAUGAAAUAUCCCAAGCAGUAGCAGUACGUAGCCCAUAUGAGACGAGGAGCCGUCAAGUCAUUUCUGCCCAGCCGUGUAGGCGAGCACAGCGUCCUCGGAGUCGGACGCAGUCCAUUGAUCGACUUCGUGCCAAAGGGCGCAGCCACAAAAAGAGGAAGUAAUGUUUUUAAUGGAAUGUAUGAUAUUCAACUUUUUUAAUUGUUUUUAAAAUAUGCAAUUCUGUAAUUUUACAAUGAAUAAUGUUUUAUAUGAUAUAUCUAAAGUAAUUUUUAUAAUUUUUUUUUAAUUUUAUUAAUAUUCUAAAUUAUUUGUAUAAUUUUAAUAAUAAAUUUUUGAAACAAUUAAUAGAGCACAUUAAACAUUAAUAGGUAAAAUUGUAUUAUGUUUUAAUAUACAUAAAAAUUUAAUAAUCGUGUUACGUAUCUAACAUCACGU